AUGGCCUUCAAUUUCAACUGGUCUCCGCUCAUAGGCGACACCUCGCGUGCUCGCGAGAUGCUCACCACCGCCUUGAACAAAUCUCCAAAGCCUCCAAUCAUCGUUGACGACAUCAUCGUCAAUGAGCUGAAUCUAGGUUCUGUCCCGCCCGAGCUCGAAAUCCUCGAGAUUGGCGACCUGGCUGAAGACCGCUUCCGCGGCAUCUUCAAGAUGUCGUACACUGGCGAUGCCUAUCUCACCCUCAAGACUCGCGUCCAAGCAAACCCGCUAAACACCUCGUUAUCCACAAAGCCCGCCUUUGCCUCGCCUCAGCCUUUGGCCGCCGCCUCGGGUCUGACCAUCCCCAUUCAGAUCACCCUGUCCGACAUUCGCUUGUCUGGCUUCGUCAUCCUUGUCUUCUCCCGCCAAAAAGGCAUUACACUGGUCUUCCGCAAUGAUCCUCUCGAGUCUCUGAAAGUCUCCUCCACCUUCGACUCGAUCCCCUUCGUCCGCAACUACCUACAGAAAGAGAUUGAAGCACAACUGCGCGUCUUGUUUAUGGACGAUCUUCCAGCCAUCAUCCACCGACUUUCCCUUCGUGCUUUCGUACCAGAAUAUCGCCAGGCACAAGACGAGGAAGCAAAGGACCCUGCAGACGCUUCAGAACGACCCAUCGACCCCCUCGCAAGCCCUCCACAAGACCCUGUCGACUCAUGGGCUGACAGCUUCGACCCUUCCCCUUUCUCCCUCGACUCUUCUUCCGAGACAUACGCAUCCUUCUCUCAAAAGAACCUCCUCCGCCUUGCUGCCUUGAGCGAGUCACAACAAACACUCUCGCUUUUCACUCCUGCCAUUCGCGACACCGUAUUCCGCGCGUGGGCCAGUUCAAAAGAUUCUCAAGACUCGUCAACCGUUGCUACACCACUUGCCCGCCCGAAUCCCUUGUCCCGUAUACAUUCAUCCAUCGGCACACCCAAGUCAUGGUCGUCGGCCUCGUCUGAUGUUUCCGAUGCCCCAACACACUCCAGCAGGCCUUCUCUCUCCAGUCUAUCUACAUCAUCGACAGUCUACUCUAUGGGUACCACCAGGUCAAGGGCGCAUGCUGCCAAGAAGAGAAAGAACAGAGUCGUCAACCUGCGCAAGACGGCCCCGGAGGAUAACAACAACGACGCCGAAAGUGUUACGACCAAUGCCAGUGAAGAACUCGCCCCUAGCAUUACUCUCACCGAACCACCAGUAUCUCCUCGUCGGGUCCCAAAGCCCGAGCCAGAGGUUGUGCAGAAGACACCAACCUCGCACGUCAAGUUUUCUGGUUCACAAGAACAACCAAAGCCGACUUCAGGAACUCAAACACCGACACCAGCUUCGAAACCUCAACGUCCCACCUUGUCUACAAUGCAGACACAACCUCUUUUCAAGGACAAGAAGAAGGCAGAACCGGCAGUUCGCUCUUCUUCUACGUCUCGCUUGCGCUUCAACUCUGAAGGCUCUACCGGUGGCAUUCUAGAGCAAGCCUGGAUGAUGAAGAUGACCGCAGAGGUGACCCGAAGAGUACAAGAAGAAAAAGCCACAGGUGGUGGUUUCUGGCACCAACCCGAGGAGCCGGAACAUCCGCCCCCAGCUUACGCUGCAUGA